GGAAAAAAAUUGAAAAAUAGAAUUCUUCUAUCAAAGUCUCUCUCUCUCUCUCUCUCUCUCCCUCUCUCUCUCGCUCGCCUGAAGCCUUUUGAUCUUGAUGAGCUGACUCUGCAAUGUCGACCUUCAUUUUUCCCUCGCUCACCUGUUAAGAAAAGCUCCUCUUUUUGAUUGAAGGAAAUCUUAUACAACACGUACUCUAUCAGUUUAUACUCUUUUUCUUUUAUUUUUGUUUUUUUUUUUUUACCAAAAUUCCGACCUUAUAUCUCAAUUACACUUAGAACACACUCUCGUUUGAAAAAUCCCCUUCUAUUCUGUUUCUCUUCUUCAAGCAUGGAGUAUACAGAAUUGUGAAUACCCAUCAGAGGAUAAGCCUAAAUUUGGAAAAUUACCUCAAUCUUUCUCUCUUUGGGGUAAUUUUUUGAAUGGAAUUGGAUAGCAUUGAAAGCAUGCCAUCCUCAGAUUUGACAGAUGAGGAUGAGAUCCAUCACCACCACCUUCAAUUCCCUUCAGUUCCUAAGCCUCAAAGUAACAACAACAACAUCAACAAUGGUAAUAGUGUUUCCUCAGCGAUUCAAUCCAUCAGUGUCCACGAGCUGCUCGAAUGCCCCGUUUGCACCAAUUCUAUGUACCCUCCAAUUCAUCAGUGCCACAAUGGGCAUACUCUUUGUUCAACUUGUAAAACAAGGGUGCACAACCGGUGCCCCACUUGUAGACAAGAGCUUGGUGAUAUUAGAUGCCUUGCAUUGGAGAAAGUAGCGGAAUCGCUUGAACUGCCUUGCAAAUACAUGUCACUUGGAUGCCCAGAGAUUUUUCCUUACUACAGUAAACUCAAACAUGAAGCUUUAUGUAACUUCAGGCCAUACAACUGCCCAUACGCUGGUUCUGAGUGUGCUGUUGUUGGGGAUAUUCCGUUCCUUGUUGCUCAUCUGAGGGAUGAUCACAAAGUAGACAUGCAUUCUGGAUGCACUUUCAACCAUCGCUAUGUCAAGUCUAAUCCCAGGGAAGUAGAAAAUGCAACAUGGAUGUUAACUGUUUUCCACUGUUUUGGCCAGUACUUUUGUCUGCAUUUUGAAGCUUUCCAGCUUGGGAUGGCACCUGUUUAUAUGGCAUUCCUUCGUUUUAUGGGUGAUGAGACAGAAGCCCGUAACUACAGCUAUAGCUUGGAGGUUGGGGGAAAUGGCCGAAAACUCAUUUGGGAAGGCACCCCGCGGAGCAUUAGAGAUAGCCACAGGAAGGUCAGAGAUAGCCAUGAUGGCCUCAUUAUACAGAGGAAUAUGGCUCUUUUCUUCUCUGGAGGGGAUAGGAAAGAGUUAAAGCUUAGGGUGACAGGGCGAAUAUGGAAAGAACAGCAGAACCCAGAAGGUGGGGCAUGCAUACCCAAUCUCUGCAGUUAAGGCGUGCUAUAUGCUUUUGUAAUAUUAAUUUGUUCCAUAUAUUGAAAUGCAUGUGUGAAUACUGGAAGACUGAGCUAUAUAAAUUGUCAAUAAGCCAUUGGAGAAGUUAUUCUGGCUGUAGUUUGAAUUUUUUUUUCCAUUUUACCACCUGCUUGAAAGUGUAAUGGUGUGCUUCAUAUUGUAUUCUUCAACUUUGAUGCAUAUCGAUGUUACUGCUAUAAAUAGCCAGAUCAGUUUUUGAGUCUCA